AUGUUUUUAGACACAGACAAACAACUCACUCUUUUCACAAGUGAAGGUAAACUGACACAAUGCGAUAAUGCUUUAAAAGCAUCUAGUAAUGGAUCAUUGUCUGUAGGGUGUACAUCAGAAGAUGGUGUUAUCAUAGCAAGUUUAAAAGAACCUUUUAAUCUGGUGAUUCUUAAUGAAUACAGAAAGGUUUACAAAAUAUCUUCUACCAUUGGAUGUACAUACGCAGGUUUACAGCCUGACUUUAGAAUCCAGUACAAUUUGGCUUUAAAGAUAGCAGAAGAAUACACCGAUAUUUAUAACUCAUCUAUUCCUAUUGGUAUGUUUGUAGAUAUAUUUAGUAAACAGAUACAAGAAUACACUAUUAAAAAAGGAUACAGACCUUUUGGUACACUUCUACUUAUCGUUGGUGAUAAUAAAAUGUACAGAAUAGAUCCAUCAGGUAGUUACGCUAGUGUACAAGUGGCAGGAAUAGGUAAAGAAUAUGUAGAGAGUAGUAGAUUACUAGAAAGAAGACGGGGAAUGCUAGAUGAUAAUAUUUCUAAUUGUGUAGAGUGUUUAAGAGAAUAUGCUGGUAGAAGUAUUAGUAGUAAGGAUGUAGAUAUAGGAGUGUACUAUAAUAAUCUAAAAGAAUUUAGAAUAUUUAGUAAUGAGGAAGUACAAGAAGUAUUUGAUAGUAUUAAUAAAUAUUAA